AUGUGCAAUCUAUGUGUGAAAGAGAGGGAAAUUUAUUUCCUCAAGGUUGCUUUCCCAGGUUGCCGUCGAAUUCCUUAUAACAUGGUAAUUGAGAAGGAACCAGAUGCUUCAGAGAUACAAGGUCCUGAAAAAAAUCCAAUGCCAAAUUAUGGUCAUUCUCUGCAUAAAGGUGACUUCUCUCAACGACCAAUGUCCAUGAAAAAAUUUCUCGAACCUUUUGAUCAUAGUAGUCUGACUAAUACUGAAGCUGGUGAGAAAUAUGCAGCAUACAAAGCCAGUUAUGCUCGCCAACAAUUGGAGGAAUUCUUUGAACGAAAUAAGGCAUAUGCUUGGUUUCGUGAGAAAUAUCAUCCAGAUUACUGUACAGAAUCAUCGUCAAAUAAAAAGUUAUUUGAAAAGCGUUUAGAAAUCUUCAUGGAAUUUUACAAAAAUGGUUAUUUUAACAGUCUGCAUUUAACUAGUGGUUAUGAAAAAGAAAUUGUCCGUCUGUUAGACAUGGUUGCAAUCAAACUUGCCGGUGGUACAGAUGAAGAUUUUCAACUUUUGGAUAAAUUUCUUGAACAACAAAAUUCGAAGAGGUUUGAUGUUUUAAGCCUUGAUAAAUCUAAACAUAGAAAAGAGAAAAAUAUUAAAUCGGGAAGAGGCAACUUAUCAUCAUCAUCAUCAUCAUCCGAAGAAGAAGACGAAGACGAAGAUAAGGAUAAAUUAAAGUCGAAUAAAAAGGCUAAAAAGAAAACAAAACGUAGAACAAAUUCACACAAUCGUCAAUCUAAAUCACAAAAGCUAAAGACACGUAAAAUGAAGAAACUUGCACGUCAUCAAGAUCAUGAAGAAGGUGAAGAAGAUAGCAGUUCAAGCGAAGACGAUGAUGGGAGUAAUAGCAGUGGAAGUGAUAGUGAUGAUGAUGAUGGUAGUCGUCAUAGCAGAAGUGGUUCUAGUUCAAGCAGUACUAGUAGUAAUAACAACAGUUCUAGUGAGAGUAGCACUAGUGGCAGCAGUGAUGAUGAUGAUGAGGACAGCGAUGGCAAUAGUGAUAGCAGCAGCAGUAAUAGUGGCAGUAGUCGAAGUAGCAGCAGCAGUCACACCAGUGACAGUGAUAGUGAAAGUGAGACAAAUAAUAGAAAACAGAAAAAGAAACUUUCUAAAAAACUUGAAGUCAAUACAAAAGCUCCCUCUUCACAGAGUCGUCGCCGUCGUCGUCGGCAUCCGCAUGAUGGAAACCGUCAAUCAAAGAAUGUAUUCACAUUUAGUUCACUUGAUAAAAAUCACCAGAAAGGUGAAAAUACAACUGAAACAGUUAAUGAUGAAUCAAAGUUGGAGGCAACAGAAGAAGGUGAACUGGAUACAACAUUUACAUCAGAAGAUUUAACUGAUCCUCUGAAUGAUUCUAAAUCAAUAGAUAUGGAUAAUUCUAUGUCAGAUAAUAAACUGACCACAGAAGAAGCAAAUAAAGAUUCACACAAAGAUGAUUCAACUCGGAGAAAUGAACAGACACGUCAUCCUAUUCAUUGUACUUCUUUACUGUUCCUACCGCAUAUACCCUUCAAUAUAUUUAAACGAGAUCUAAUUUCUGUAUUUUCUACUUCACCUCAUUUCUUACGUUUAGCUGUUUUAGAUCCAGUUGUUAUGCCAGAUAAAGAUUCUCCACCGGUUGCAGAUCCUGAUGAAGCAUUUGUUACAGUGAAGAAUGCUUUGCCGAAAAUUUUAUUAAAACGCUUAGGAUGGGCAUCGUUUGUUUCACAGUAUAAAGAUGAUACUACUACUACUACUACUAAUGAUAAUAAUAAUAAUAAUGAAAAUACUAAUGAUAACAAUGACGGUGAUAGUAAAUGGAUUAAUAUUGAUUUAACUGUUAUUAAAAAUCAAUUAAUUCAACACGCAAUUGACUGUAAUGCUCCUGCUGAGAUAAUCGAUUGUCUACAUUUAUCCCGUCCGAUUAAUGAACCCUUUAAAAUACCGUUUAAAGAACGAGCUAGAAAUACUGGAGAAUUAUUUAGCAAGCUGUUAAAUACAUGUCCAACAAGUAUACGAUCGAAAGCAUUAGUUCGACGUCAUCUAGUCAUGGCAGCACGUGUUAUUCAUGAAUUGGAUAAAGCUAGAGGAUUAUGGCUAGUUGAUUGUAGCCAAGAUAAUACUUCCCAGCAUAUUGUAAGUAAAGAUGAUGGAAAGGUGUUAAGUGAGAAUGAAGAUGGUGUAAAGCAAGACGAUGGAUUGACUACUUCUACUACUGCUGGUGCUGAAGAUGGAGAAGAAGGUGAAGAGGGCAGAACAAUAACUGGUGAAUUAAAAGGCAAUGAAAAUAAUGAAAUGCAACUGAACAAUAAUCAUGAGAAUAAAUUAUCCGAUGAUACUACUACUACUGCUACUACCGCUGUUCAUAGUCCAAAUCAUCAAGAUGAAACAAUGGAAGUAGAUAAACUAGAGACAUCUGUUAACUUAGAAGAAACACUCGGUGAACAAAUAGAUGAUUCAGAAAUGAAUGAUUCAUUCCAACAGAAAAUGGAUGACAAACCAUCAAGUAUCAAUGAUGUAUCAAUGAAUUCAGACGAUAAACAUGCUGACGACAACGACAACAACAACAACAAUAACGAUACUAUUAGCAAGAGUAAUAAUAAAAGUGUUAAUAGUGUUGAAAGUGAUAAUCUAAUCGAUCCCGGGAGUGAUUUAAUCAAAGCAGCUAAUAUACUGAAUACUAUUAAGACAACUAAUCCUAUUCUACAAGGUUUAACAGAUUAUCUAGUUGAUGAAGGCAGUGCUGAAGAGGAGCUUCUACUAUUGGGUGGUAUGGAGUCGAUUUCAUUCCAACCAUCUACUAUGCCUCAACUUGGCCUACAGUCAGGCGUACAAUUACAAAAAUUUGAUAUUUCUUCAAGAUUCUUUGAAUCAGAUGAUAGUGAACUGUUAGUAGCAUUGGAUAGAUUAAUUUUAUACCUAAGAAUAGUACAUUCAGUUGAUUUCUAUGCACCAGCUAUCUACGUUAAUGAGGAUUUAAUGCCGCAUCCAUGUCAUCUAAUGCAUAUACGACCUAGUCUAAAUGAAAUAACACAGUCAUUAACACAAAUGAAUAAUUUAGAGAAAACAACUAGUUUCGAAUCAAUUGGUCAGCUAUUUACCAAUCAAUUGAAACGCUUAAUACGACUUAUUACACCACUCAAAGAAAUUGAUUGUAAAAAGUUAGGUUUUCGUAAUGCAGAAGAAGUUGCUGAAGAAUUUAUCAAGCUUAAUACACGCCGAAAGAAACGAAAGACUGAUGUAAUAUGGGUCUGUCCUUUAUCGAAUAAAAAGUUUCGUGAUCCAAUUUACGUGAAAAAGCAUAUUCUCAAUAAACAUAUGGACAAAGUUGAAGCAGCUAAAAAUGAUAAUGCUCAUUUCUUCAAUAAUUUUCUUAUGGAUCCAGCUCGACCUCAAUUGCCUUCUGAGCCUAGAUCGCCUAGGAAGUCAUAUCGAUCAUCACCUUCACCAUCUCGUGAAACAGCUAGAGAAUCAAGUCGACAUGACACUAAAACUAGUGAUCGUGAACGUUCUGAUUCUUGGAAUCAAGGUGGUUCACAAAAAUGGCAACAAUAUGGUGGACGUUUUCGUAAUGAUCGGGGGGCUGGUGGACGUGAUAAUCUGUACAAUAAUUCAUCCUAUUCUCGACCCUAUGGUGGUGGUCAACAGUAUUCCAAUUUCAGAAUACCAUACGGUGGCGGUGGUGGCAAUCAACGUAGUUAUUAUAAUGGACCAAGAGCUGGCGGUGGAUAUGGCAACUUUAACAGACGCCCUUAUCCAAGACGUUCAUAUGUCGAUUUGGAUGCACCAUAA